AUGCAAUUCAUAUUCUCAAAACAAGUGAAGAACCUAUUUAUUGGUUUCUUAGUGGAGGAGCUGGUGUGGGAAAAAGCUAUGUUACAAAAGCUUUAUACCAAAUGGCUGUUAAAUUCUACAGUUAACAAGCUGGGGAAGAUUUCUCUUCCAACAAAACAUUUAGAGGAUGUUCGCUUAGAUAGAAACAUUACAAAUUCUGAUAUAGCAUGUUUUUGUGAAACCAGAUUUCAUAACCGUGAUAGUGUGAAUGCAACACAAAUUGAUGCAUUUCACCAAUAUAGACAAGAUUCUAAACCAUCUGGACACAAGAGACCUCCAUAUGGUUUGGUAUUCCAGAAAAGAUAUAAUGGUAAUCUUGACUUUUAUAAGAACUGGAAGGAGUACAAAGAAGGUUUCGGUGACUUGAAUAAGGAAUUUUGGCUAGGAAAUGACAAACUGCAUCAGAUUACAUCUUUAAGUGAGUAUACACUGCGGGUUUUGAUGGAGGAUUUUGAUAAUGAAACACGUUAUGCACAGUACCAAUCAUUUACCAUCGGAGAUGCUGCAUCUAAAUACAAAUUAUCACUAAACAGUUACAGUGGCGACGCAGGAGAUAGUCUGACUUAUUCCAAUAAUAUGCAGUUUACUACGCAUGACCAGGAAAACCACGAGGCUACUAGUUAUGUUAACUGCGAUGUUAACUUCCAUGGUGCAUGGUGGUAUAGGAAUUGUCAUCAUAGUAACCUCAGUGGUGGAUAUUUGGCGGGAGAACAUCAAUCUUAUGGUGUUGGGAUGAAUUGGUACACCUGGCGUGGUUGGCAUUAUUCGUACAAAUCAACAAGGAUGAUGAUCAGACGACAGUAA